AUGGCUUCUUCUUUUUGGAGUCAUGUGCUUGAAAUUGAGAAACUCGAGAUCUCACCAAAGCCAAACUGGCUUGAACUUCCAAGAGACAUAACUAUCAACAUACUGCAGAGGCUUGGAACUCUUGAUUUAGUGACAAGUGCAUCUGUUGUGUGCCCUCUCUGGUGGAACAUCUGCAGAGACCCUCUCAUCUGGACCACCAUCGACAUGAUGAACAAUGUCUCUUUGUCUCACACUCAAUUUGCAUAUUCUACUCGUCUAGAGAAAAUCUGUCGCUAUGCCGUUGACCGAAGUUGUGGUCAUCUCAAAAACAUAUAUAUUUAUAAAUUUGGGAACAAUGAUCUCCUCUAUACCAUAGCUAAAAGGUCAAGCAAAUUGAGAUGCAUACGGCUUAAAGAAUGCCAUGAAAUUUCGAAUGAUUUUUUGUGUGAAGUUUUGAAGAUGCAACCAUAUUUGGAGGAGCUUGACAUUUAUCAUUGUUAUCGCUUAAGAUGGUUUGUCUUUGAAUACAUUGGCCAAUAUUGUCGACAUAUGAAAUCGUUGAAAUAUUUCCCUUGCCUAAAGGGAGAUUAUUUGUGCGACUAUGUUGCGUUUGUUAUUGGAAAGACAAUGCCAGAGCUACGCCACCUUACUAUUUUUAAAAACGAACUCUCGAAUGACGGAUUGCUUGCUAUUCUAGAUGGAUGUCCUUUUCUGGAAUCUCUAGAUCUCCGAGGAUGUAUUUAUCUUGAUUUGGAUGGAAGUUUAGGGAAAAGAUGCAAAGAGCAGAUCAAAGAGUUGUGGCUUCCAACUGAUUCUGCAGAUCACAGUUUUAACAUUUCUGAUUAUAUCGUUUCUCUACAGUUGAAAUCGAUUCACCAUUAG